AUGUCUUCCAAACCAGUCGUUAAGUUUUACCGGCAGCUGCUACUUGCCAACCAACGGAGAAAAUUAAGUAGUAAAAAACUAACUUUGAAAACGUAUGGAAUGUUUCUUGCCAUCAAAAGUAAUCGAUUUGACUUUAAAACUUAUUUCAGCUUGAAGGACUGUGCUUAUAACAAACCACUGCACCUAGCUGAUCUCAUAACAAAUACUUGUCGAUUAAAGGAACCUAAAUGCCUGUGUGCCUCACUCAAGCCACUCAAAAAGGAGAUCAAACUGGUUCAAGACGGAUUAAUCAAAAUCACAGAUGCGCUGUGGAAAUUGAUUUCAGAUUUAACAGGCUGUAUCAUUCCACUUGUUCCCAAAAAGUGUCAGGACAGCCCGUAUCGCACCAUAACUGGAGAGUGUAACAACCGGAAGAAUCCCAGCCUUGGAGCCACCAAUACAAGCUACAAACGGUUUCUGCCAGCUGCAUAUGAAGAUGUCUAUGACCUUCCCCCUGGAUGGACAGACAAGCUGUGGAAUGGGUUCUACCUACCAUUGGUUCGCCGAGUGUCAAAUUUAAUUGUCAGAGCAGAACAGUGGACUAAGGAUUCUGAACGAUCCAUCUGGUUCAUGCAGAUGGGCCAACAAAUUGCUCAUGAAAUUACCCUUUCAUUACCAAGCCCCACAAAGACAGAUUUUUAUGACCGCAGUAACUGCACCACAAAUUGCAUCCGUGAAGAGCCAUGCUUCCCAAUUAAGAUUCCACCAAAUGAUCCUAAGAAUCAUAGUGCCUGUAUACCGUUCAUCCGCUCAGCUCCAGUGUGCAACCUGGAAUCUCCAAAACGUGAGCAGACGAAUGGUGUCACAGCUUUCAUUGACGGUAGCGCAAUUUACGGUAGUGAUAAUCAAACGGCCGAAGAGCUUCGUGACCAUACAAACGAUCUGGGUCUGCUAAAAGUUAACAUGAACUACACAGACAAUGGUCACCCAUACUUGCCAUUUGAUCCAAAUAGUGGAGGUGCCUGUGUUAAUGGUACUCCCUGCUUCAAAGCAGGGGAUUUUCGGAACAGUCAGCAGCCUUUUAUUAUGGUUUCCCAAACUCUUUGGUUGCGACUUCACAACAAUGCAGCUACUCAGUUGCAUAAAUUAAACCCAACUUGGAAGGGAGACACUCUGUAUGAAGAAGCCCGGAAAUUUGUUGGUGGUGUAAUGCAGAAAAUAGUCUUUUAUGACUGGUUGCCCUUAAUGUUGGGAUCAAAGAUGGCUGAAUUCUUACCUGAAUACACAUCGUACCGUGAAUCUUUAAAUCCACAAUUGGCCAAUGGAUUUACACUUGCUCACCGCAUAGGUCAUACACUGGUACCAACUACUGUAUACUGGCUAAAUACAAACUAUGAGGUCACCAGCCAAGAACCACUCCACAAAACCUUCAAUGCCCCAUCGUUCAUUGUGAACAACGGUGGCAUUGAUCCAGUGGCCCGAGGCAUGAUGGUUAAUCUUGCCAAAUUGAAUCUUCAGAACCAAAUGAUGACUGAUGAGUUAAGAGAAUUUCUUUUUCUGCUUCAAACUAAACUAGGAUUCGAUCUAGCAUCUUUUAACAUGCAACGAAGCAAUGAUCACGGUUUACCAGGAUACUUUGAUUGGAGGAGGUUUUGUAAUUUGCCUGCUCCGAGAGAUGUGAAUGAGCUGAGUUUGGUGCUGCAAAAUAAAGAAUUGGCAAAUGAACUUAUGAAACUCUAUGGGACAACUAAAAAUAUUAAUUUUUGGAUUGGUGCAAUUUCUGAACCUUUGGUACCUGGUGGCAGAUGUGGCGAACUGCUUGCCUGUAUACUUGGUCAUCAGUUCAGAGACCUUCGUGAUGCAGACAGAUAUUACUUUGAAAACCCUGGCGUAUUUACAAAAGAACAAAUGGAAUCAAUAAAACAUGUUACUAUGUCACAUAUCACAUGUGAAAACAGUAAUAUUGGAGAAGUCCCAGAAAAUGUCUUCCUGGCAAACGACCCGAACGACUUUGUGAAAUGUGACAAACUAGAAAAAAUGGAUUUUAAUCCUUGGAAAAUGUAA